GGCAACUUCACCAUAUUUAGCUAGUUUGCCGAAGCCCGGCAGAGUUGACCUGUCAACCAGGCGGAAGACGUUGACACUUAUCGGCGGAUACUGCCCGGUGUAGACAGGGUUGUUGUUUUUUUAUUUAUUUUUUCCGGCACCAGGACACAAACUGCAGAAGACGAACGGACCGACGGCGUUUUACAAUACGUUGCUUUGGGGAUACGGGGCCGUGUGUCAACGGUCUAACGGUUUAUUUUACUUGAUUAAAGUAACCGUCGUCGGCCAGAACAGCCGAGCUAGCCAGUUAAGCUAAUUACCGAAGCCCUGACGCUUCGCUGUGCAGUAGAAACGAACUCACGUAGUCUCAUUUAAUGCACAUCUUUCUGGAGGAACUCGUUUGGACUCAAUGACCCCGCUGAGAUGAUAUCCUGACAGUUCCUCUCGCCCGUUCCCCGCCACUCAGCCCCCCCAUCCAGCCCCCUAAACCCGGCUUAGCGAGCUAACUUGGCUAACUAGCAGGCUUUCACUUUUCACGGCGUCAUGCUGAGCAACCGGUAGCUUUCCCCGGUGGCGUCCUGUGGGAUACGUUGACCGUGUGCGGACGCUGGGGACGAAACGAGGCGCCCUCUUUUUUUGUUUUCGUUUGACAGGGAAGAGGAGCUAGCAGAGACCAGGACAUUCGGGCCGUUAAGAGGCGGUGCCGUACCGAAGGAGACACCGGGUUGAACGGAGGAAGAGUCCCUCUCCCCCUCCAUCGUUUGACUGCAGUGAUCCGGGAAGCGAUCCGGACAGAGACCUCAUGAAUGGAAAUCGGAACUACAGCCACUACUGAAUCCAGGCGCGUUGACUCAAGGAUGUUCUCCGCCCCUGAUGGCUCUGUGACUCAUACUGAACGAAAGCCAGUUCUGAAAGGCAGAUGAAAGCUGGAAAACACCGACCCUGCCCACUCUCUAUUCCUGCCACUCUCUGCAAUCCUCCUCCUCUGACUUCACCAGGACCAUCAGAAAAAGUGCUCUUAGUAACAGAGGACCCUCUUGAAGUUUGAGCUCUUGUUAGGCUUACAUCACCAAGGGCCCCAUUGGAAUUACCAUCACAAAGGUUUGUGUGCACUUAGUUUGGUGUGAGAGGGACAGCCGUGGCAGGAAUUCCAGACUUUCCACUCUUUUUCACCAUUUUAUCCCAGCAGGCCAUUUCAAAAGUGAGGUCUUUACCCUCCAUCAACCCUGCUAGCCUCCACUCCACAGCCCACCAGAGGGGAAACCAAAAAAGGAGAGCGGUGCAGAAAGUACACACUUCUAGAGGCCGACCAUCAACACACAGGGUUGCUCAUGUUGUCUGCUGUUGCCUUACAGACUGUUCCUGUUCUGUGGUGGGGAGUUUUUUUUUAUGAACUUCCCCUCAGCCAACUCCAACCCCCAAAAUCACCCACACAUGUGAGCCUGAGACGUUGGGGCCCAGUCCCUGUUCUCCCUGCCUCGGCGGCCUGGCUAUGGCACCAUGGGGAAGCCCAUCAAGCUGCUGGCCAACUGCUUCCAGGUGGAUAUCCCCAAGAUGGAUGUCUACCUCUACGAGGUGGAUAUCCAGCCUGACAAGUGCCCCCGGCGAGUCAACAGGGAGGUGGUCGACUCAAUGGUACAACACUUUAAGGUGACAAUCUUUGGGGAUCGCAGGCCAGUCUAUGAUGGAAAGAGGAGCCUGUACACAGCCAAUCCACUACCUGUGGCACCCGCAGGGGUGGACCUGGAUGUCACUCUGCCAGGCGAGGGAGGGAAAGAUCGCCCCUUCAAGGUCUCCAUAAAGUUUGUGUCUCUGGUCAGCUGGCACAUGCUCCAUGAGGUGCUGACUGGCCGCAGCAUGCCUGAGCCCCUGGAGCUGGACAAGCCCAUCAGCACCAACCCUGUGCACGCAGUGGAUGUGGUGCUGCGACACCUGCCCUCCAUGAAGUACACUCCGGUGGGUCGAUCCUUCUUCUCGGCUCCAGAGGGCUAUGACCAUCCCCUUGGAGGUGGGAGGGAGGUUUGGUUUGGUUUCCAUCAAUCUGUGCGCCCUGCCAUGUGGAAGAUGAUGCUUAACAUUGAUGUGUCUGCCACCGCCUUCUACAAGGCACAGCCAGUCAUCCAGUUCAUGUGCGAAGUGCUGGACAUUCACAACAUAGACGAACAGCCCCGCCCUCUCACAGACUCUCACCGGGUCAAAUUCACCAAAGAAAUCAAAGGUUUGAAGGUGGAGGUGACGCACUGUGGAACCAUGCGGAGAAAGUACCGCGUCUGUAACGUGACCCGGCGGCCUGCCAGCCAUCAAACGUUCCCUCUACAGUUGGAAAACGGUCAGACUGUAGAGCGCACUGUAGCCCAGUACUUCAGGGAGAAGUACAACCUGCAGCUCAAGUACCCACAUUUGCCCUGUCUACAAGUUGGCCAGGAGCAAAAGCACACCUACCUGCCCCUGGAGGUGUGUAACAUUGUACCUGGUCAAAGAUGCAUCAAGAAGCUGACAGAUAAUCAGACCUCCACUAUGAUCAAAGCCACAGCUCGCUCCGCACCCGACAGACAAGAGGAGAUCAGCAGGCUGGUGCGCAGUGCCAACUACGAGGCAGACCCUUUUGUGCAGGAAUUCAAGUUCAAGGUGCGCGACGAGAUGGCCCACGUGACGGGGCGAGUGCUACCCGCCCCCAUGCUGCAGUACGGCGGCAGGGUGAGCACAGAGCACUUUAUGAACCGCACGGUAGCCACGCCCAGCCACGGCGUGUGGGACAUGAGGGGGAAGCAGUUCCACACCGGGGUGGAGAUCAAGAUGUGGGCCAUCGCCUGCUUCGCCACACAGAGGCAGUGUCGGGAGGAAAUACUAAAGGGUUUCACAGACCAGCUGCGGAAGAUCUCAAAGGAUGCUGGGAUGCCCAUCCAGGGCCAGCCCUGUUUCUGUAAAUACGCCCAGGGAGCAGACAGCGUGGAGCCCAUGUUCAGACACCUCAAGAACACCUACUCUGGACUGCAGCUCAUCAUCGUCAUCCUGCCAGGAAAAACUCCUGUCUAUGCGGAGGUAAAGCGUGUGGGAGACACCCUGCUGGGCAUGGCCACGCAGUGCGUCCAGGUGAAGAACGUGGUGAAGACGUCCCCUCAGACCCUCUCCAACCUCUGCCUCAAGAUCAACGUGAAGCUGGGAGGUAUCAACAACAUCCUGGUGCCUCACCAACGACCAUCAGUGUUUCAGCAACCAAUUAUUUUCUUGGGUGCGGAUGUUACACAUCCACCAGCUGGAGAUGGGAAGAAGCCUUCAAUUGCAGCAGUGGUCGGCAGUAUGGACGCCCACCCCAGCAGGUACUGUGCCACUGUGCGAGUCCAGAGGCCCAGGCAGGAGGUCAUCCAAGACCUGGCCUCCAUGGUGCGGGAAUUGCUUAUCCAGUUCUACAAGUCAACCCGCUACAAGCCCACCAGGAUCAUUUUCUACAGGGAUGGAGUUUCAGAAGGCCAGUUCAGACAGGUGCUGUAUUAUGAGCUGCUGGCCAUUCGUGAGGCCUGUAUCAACUUGGAAAAGGAUUACCAGCCAGGCAUCACCUACAUAGUUGUGCAAAAACGCCACCAUACACGGCUCUUCUGUGCCGACCGCAACGAGAGAGUUGGACGUAGUGGAAACAUUCCUGCUGGUACCACCGUGGAUACGGACAUCACGCAUCCCUAUGAGUUUGACUUUUACCUCUGCAGUCACGCUGGAAUACAGGGCACCAGCAGGCCCUCCCACUACCAUGUACUGUGGGACGACAAUUGUUUUACCGCUGACGAGUUCCAGCUGCUCACCUACCAGUUGUGCCACACCUACGUGCGCUGUACCCGCUCAGUCUCCAUCCCCGCGCCAGCCUACUACGCCCACCUGGUGGCCUUUCGUGCCCGUUACCAUCUGGUGGACAAAGAACAUGACAGCGCCGAGGGCAGCCAUGUGUCUGGUCAGAGUAACGGUCGGGACCCCCAGGCGCUGGCCAAAGCUGUUCAGAUUCACCACGACACCCUGAGGACCAUGUACUUCGCCUGAGCUACACCAAACAUUCCCAACCAUUGCAACCCUUUACACACACAUGAACACACACAUAUACACAACCAUGCACACCUGAAUGCCAGUCAAGGAGUCCCCCCCCCAUCCCCCACACACCUAGUCAACCCGGACCUGACACUGUGCAGAGGAGAGGAGGGAGGGGAGGAGGCACCCCCACACUGGACUGAGAAUGCAAACGCUGCUUUAAAAAAACAAACAAGAGAGAAACUGUAUUAUGCAAUAUUUAACCAGCCAACUAGUUUAUUUUUGCCCUUAUCAGGCCCCCUUUUCAUUGCCCCUCCUAUCUGUUCUUCCCUGUUUGUCUCCUUUACUUGUGGCCUAGCGGGUGUUUUUUACUUUUCCCUUCCUUUGGCUAGUCUAGUCUACUUUAGUAUUCCGCUCUUUUGCAAUCUACAGUACCUCAAGUCAGUUUGAGCAGCAGACUUUUACAUUCUGUUGACUCCCCAGUGUUUCAAAUGAGGGAGCAGAGAAGGAAGGGUAGACUCUGGAGUUGUUGUGUUGGUGUUUUUGGAAAGUAGUUGUUUCAUUGGACCAGAGGUCCUCCCAGUUGCCACUUUUACAUUUUCCUCUUGUUUCCUCUUUUCUGACAAUUUUCACUUAUGUGAGAAAUCUCCAGUAUCCUGGAUGGAGCAACAUGUUCUUUUGAGCACACUGCCACCUGUUGGCGACGAGGUAUAAAUGCCCCUUUAAAGUCACAACAACAAAUUGUUGUCUUACAAGGUUUCUGAUCAGUUUUGAUUCAUCUUUAGCUGUCACAUAAACAGGCAGUUUAUAUUGGCUGAUAUAUCAAUUGCAGCCAUCUAUGGAUUUUAUUUAAAGUAUAACACUGUUAUUUGUUUUUGGUAGUUAUUUUUAUUUUACAUUAUGUGAAACAUUUUAUGAUUCAGAUUUUUUUAAAUCAUUUAAACCAUGUAAGCUUAUGUUUUUAAUCUUAGUCGUCAUCAUGCCUUUAUUUCUCUCAGUGCUUUAUCUCACAUUUCCCUCUCUUUUCCUCACAGUUUGAGAUAGUGGGUCAAUAGAGAUCACGUUGAUGGUUUCCUCUAGUGCAAUAAUCAGUUGAAUGAAGAGAAGUGGAUUUUAGGGGUCUUGAAUGAUUCAAAAUAACAGUCGGACAGCGAGCAUCCUCGAAUGGAGAACAGUUUGCCACUCAUUGGGCACCUUCAUGUAUUGCUCCUCUGUGAGACGAUGUAUCAUGUUUUAUGAGUUUGCCCUUGAUGUUGGGCAACAAUGGUGCAACUGCAGUUUUGGUGAUUUCCGUGUUUUUACUUGAAUUGAAGGAAUUUAUGCGGCUCAGUGUUUUGAGAAUACUUUAUCAUCAAUGGGCAUAAUUUCAGAAUUCCUGAUCUUCAGUUUGCUAAUGAGGCUGCUUUUCUCCAUUUCUAAGAGUAACAAAGUGGGUGUAAAGGCCAUAAAGAACUAGUAUUCAAGUGCCUGGUGGGAGUUAAGUGUUAAAAUGGUCAAAGGCUGUAUAACUCGUUAUUGGGAUUCUAUUUCAGUGGGUUAAAUUCAUCCAAAAAGCAUAUUCCAACAAAUGGACAGCGUAAGAUGGUUUAAAGCAAGAAAGUUUCACCUGAUGCCUCUUAGUCCCCAGACUUUUCUAUACAUCUCAUCCCAAGAUCAAUAUAUUUCUGCGUUUGCCUAUGCCGUUCAAGCAAAGCAGGCCGAGUCGUCUUUUUGCUUAUUCUUCACCGUGUGUGUGUGUGUGUGUGUGUGUGUGUGUGUGUGUGUGUGUGUGUGUGUGUGUGUGUGUGUGUGUGUAAAAGGCCGGAUUCAUGGGAAUAGAGUCCAGGACUAGGUCCGAUUCCUGUAACCAUGUAACCGGCCCAAAGUUGUGACUCGCUUCAGAAAAAAUGCUGAGGAGUUAAAGUUAGUGACCAAUAUUUGCAGCGGUAGCACAGCUGACUUUUGAUGUGAAAAGUGCACCUUGAUUGGAGUCGCAACUUGGCUCCUCUGUGCUGCUGAAGCUCGUCUGGGGAGGAGGGGUGGUAAAAGUGAUCUGACUAAAAUAAGCUGUGUUUCGGGACUGAACAGGCGCGGUGCUAUUCUUGUCUGAACUUCUAUAUGAGACUCUUGAUGAGCAGGUGGGUUAGGGAAGUAGAACAACUAACCGGUGAACCUCACUCCCUUAAGGACAGGAGAAAGUCCCACUGCUAUGUGGAGAUUUUGGAUUUCAGUGAUGAUCAGCAUUGAGAACCUGCAACACGGUACAAUGGCAGACAGUGAGGUAUGAAGUAGGCUCCUGCAUCCACUAUUGCAUUUGACUGCCUUACACAGGCCAGUGGGUUUGAGCCUUCAGGAUUUCACUCGUGUUUCUAAAAGCCAGAUCGAAAGUAUAUUUGUACAUUUUAAAUGAUGUCAUGCACACCACUUAUUUUUGCUAACAGAAAAAAAGUAGUAAUUAAUAAUCUUAGUAAUAGCCGUAUCAUGAUAAGUAAUGGUUAAAAAGGUAUAAUAACAAAGUUUAUUAUUGCAAUAGACUGACUUGUUCCUGUGUCACUGUAUGACGUGUAGUUUAUGUGUGAACAGUGUGGAAACUAGUGGCGUGUGUUUGGACUGUCAUACUGUUAUUGAUGGAGAAGUGGACUUAAACCGUCUCUUGCUUUGAUGUUUGGGGGGAAAAGAAAAGCUGCUGAAAGUUGUUGAAUACUUAUUUCUCCCUUCUUAUUUAUUUUUUUGGUGUAGAUGCCCGAACAGUCUGAGGUUUGUUAUAGAGGAGAGAAUCUCAAGAGAGAAAACACAAAUCUUUUUGGAGCAUCUUAAUAUAAAGACGUUACAUUCCUAUCUGGACGGUAGAAUAGAAGAAGAGCCGUUUGAUGUAUUGAGCAGAGUUUCUGCUCUCGAAUGUUCUCGGGGUUUUCUUCAGCCGGUGCUGAUGCCUGCUCCUUAUCAGGAGGGAGAGGGAAAAGGAAUGGGCAAGUGGUUUUCGAAAGUGUUGUUGCUCCAUUUCAAGGACUUGCGUGAUCAAAGAAUAUUGUAACAAGGGGGUAGUACUCCUCCAUUCUUUGUCGUUAAAGCCUUGGGAGGAUUUAGGUUGGAUUGCAACCUCCUCAGACUCCUCUCCGUACCCGAGCCUCUUCAUGUGCUCACAAAUAGAAACGCGGUUCCCUCCCCGUAAAUCUGCGGUGUGACAGUCUGUAAUCUUAUUGUUGCUCUCUUUUCCCUUUUUUGCUUCUGAACAUUUACUCCCUUUGUGACCAGAGGACUACAUUCCACGGCUCAACAAUCCCAUCCGUUCCCGCUCUGGGAGGCGCGGGAACGCUCAGAGCUGAAGGACUAUAGUGGGGUCCGGUCGGUAAGACGUAGCGGGUUCUGUUGCUCAUGUGUGAUGUUAGACGGAAUCGAAGCGGAUCAACGAUGACUUCUUGCCGCGGGUUGUGUUGGAAGUUGAUCAAGUCAAUGAAAUUGAUUGCGAGAACUAGAAUGUGUUUAUAACUCACCGUUUCUGCUGUCGGUAAUGGAUGUUUAUGUACAAACUACACUCUUGAGGGCAGUUGAACACAUGUUUACAUAGCAGAUGUGUUUUGCCUCACUUACAAGUGAAAUGUCAUCAGCUCUGCUUUGCAAAUAUCAGCUAGUGGAGAAGUGACACAAGCGAGACCGUGUGGGGCCUGUGGCAGUGAACGCUUGGAGGGACACAAAGACAUUAUUUAUUUGGUCAAUUUGCCCUCAACAGACAUCUGUGUUGCACAGCAGGGUAAUGGACUUGUUUGUCCUUCCAGUUCUAUUAAAAUGACUUGUUCAACUUGAUGGAAAUGAAAGGCUACAAACAGCUUACAGCUGGAUGUGUGGCCUUUGGCUCUCAGUUAGUUAUUCUUUUUUUUUUAUGGAAGCUUAAGAUUAAACAUCUUAUCCAGAGCGACAACUGUCUGAUGAAGCUAAAUUGGCUCCAAAAGGUCAAUGUCUCCGGUUUUAAAUGAAAGCGAAGGUGUAUUCCAUUUCCAGUCAGCGAUCAAUAUCCCCAGUUAUUUUGGUUGCUCUGUGUUUGCAGUGGAAGGUAGCAAUGGAGUGAGAAAAAGUCCACAGAAAGUGCCUUUCCUCUUGAUGGUGCUGUAAAUGGAAAGAUAAAAUGUCAAAUCAAAGGAACAGAAUCUCCUUAACAAGAAGACACACGGCAGUGCAGGAACGGCUGCAUUCACACACUCACUGUACACGUUUGGUUUAAUGCAAACUCGUGUUUCAUGUAUUUACACAUUAAGCCUACAUAGAAAUAGAAUAUAUGCCUAUAUAUGGUUGUGGUUGAGCUUUCGCUUCCUAGUGCAUUUAGUGUCUUGGACCAAUGGCGUCGUUGGUACAGUGGAAUGUGUGUUUGGGUGGGUGGGGUGGAACGGGUGGGGGUCGUAGCUGACACUAGUGCGGUGUGACACAGCUCAGCCCACGAAUGACAAACAUAGCACAGCACUUUAGAGACUGACACUCUCACUCAGACACAUAGCCAAGUGGUCUCUGUCCCUCCGGUCCCCUUCUUCCUCCCGAGGGAGGAUGAGGAGAGGAUUUGAACCUCCGUGCAAACGAGAAGUCGAAGGGAUGCGUGUUACCAAACGAAACAGUCGGCCAUUUAAAGUGUGCCUCACGCUCCUGUGACUUUGUUGUUGGCUCGCUCGAGUCAACCUGCUCUCGACUGGUGGAUUUCCCUCCGGAGUUCCCCACUCGACACCUUGGUACCACUAGGGCCGGGUAUCAUAACAUGAUAUCAGCACCAUCCAGAAUUUGGCAUCAACUUCAAGCACCUCAAACUUGGGACAAGCAGUCCAAGAGGUUUUUUUUAAUUUUUUUACAAGAAUAUGUUCUUGCACUAAGAAUUCAAGGUUUUCUUCUCGAAGGGCAUUUUACUUUGACAAAGCAACACAAUAAGAAACUUCCUUGAAAAAGCAAGAAUGACUUGAACAAUUUAGUCUAUUUGCAUAGUAAAGUGUGUCAUUGUACUGCAGGUACAGAGAUGAAAAGAACAGAACCAGAGUCAGUAUUGAAACCUCUCUCCCGAUGCCCAGCCCUAGUAGCAGCGGCUCAUGGCGUUGCUUCAUCUUAGUGCAAUGCCCUGCCAUGUGUCUUGUCCCUGAUGGAGGGAGUGUGUGCCCUGCAGGAUCCCUGUCUUGAGCCGGUAGGGUGUUGACUAAAAACCAAGGGGGGUCCGCAGGUUCUGUGGGUACCUUUUCAGUCCAGGGGGUGAAAUGUUUCUAUUACAAGAGAUCUAAAAAAAACACACACUGCACCUCACUUACCUUGGUAUGCUGCAUAUGUUAUACUACAUGAAAGAAAAACUGCAAAUUGCUUUUAUUAUGAUAUGUAAUGCUUGAGUAAUGCCUGAUUGCGAUAUUCUUAUACGGUAACUAUUUUAGAGUCAAAAUAUGUACAACUGUUAAAAAAAAAAAAAAAAAAAAAAAAAUCAGUUUUGUCUAAACACUUAUCCCAUUUUGAGAAAUUGUUCUUGAGCCGACUUUUACUUGUUGUCCUAUUUAAAUGUGUCGUUCUUUAAAUUUAUAUAAGAAAUAUAUAUAUAUAUAUGUAUAUGUAUAUGAUUAUGUAUAUAUAUAUAUACAUGCAGAAUAUUUUAUGGUGUAUUUAUUGAGAGUGCAUUCAAGCAGCUGGAGUCUCCGCAUCAUAUUGCAGCAUGGUGGGGGAUGGCCAGGAGGAUGAGGCCUUUAGCCCCUCCCCCUCCAUGUUGACGCCUUAUUCUCCGAGACACUCAAGCACAACAAUAUGGAGGGGGCGGGUGUGUGCGAGGUGGAGGACAGGGAAGAGGUGGAUUUGACCCGGUGUUAUUGACAGGUCAACUCUCACUCGUUCUUUCCUUGAUAUUCUUUACCCUCCACUCUUCUUUUACCACCUGACAACAACAACAACCACAUAUUGCAGCUCAUCUCUGACGAAGGGAACCAUUUCUGAAUCACAUUGACGAAGAGCUGACUUUUUUUUCUUCUUUUUUUUUCUACCCCAUGCUGCUACUGUAAAUGCCAUGUAAAUUCCCCGAGCCAGUAAAGAGGGCAGGUGGGUGAACGUAAAAUGUAAAAAGCGAUAGGGGGAAGGAAGGAAAGGUGUUAAAAAUACAAUUUCAGCACAGGCGCCACAUCUUUCCUCUUAAAUUGGCUCCUUUUUUCUUGUGCCCGAAUAUUUCACAGCAAGAACAGGUCUCAUUCCACGAACACGAGGCCUGCCUCAGCCUUAAGUGCGUUCUUACAUAAUUGUCAGAUGUGAUUUUUGCGAUGCCGGUGUUGGGUGGCCAACCAAGAAGACACGCCUACGUAACUUGAUCGGCCCUGAAUUCCCCAACCGGCAUGCUCAUCUCUUCUCAUUUCUCAUGUAAACCACUAACAUUGUUGUCCCCUCACCCCAUUAUCAGAGACAUGGAGCUUUUGAGUAUUGUCAAUCCUGUCCCGAAGUAAAUGGGCCCUAUGUCCUUUUUAAACUGAUACAUUUUGGUUUGAUUCAUGUUUACUCCCAUAGCUGUCAGAUGGUUAACCUGUUUUCAAACAUUAGCAUUCCAAUAAUGACUUUGAGCCAAAUAUUGCACAAGAGAUUAGGCUCCUGGUGUCGUUGUAUACACUUAAUGGUUUUGGAGACGGAUAUUUGAUAGUGGCCAAGGAUUGAACUGUUUUUUUUUGGUGUCUGCCGAUUGUUCAGAUUGUUUUUAGUUUUUUUCAUGUGUAGUAUCACUCUUGUGUCGGUCUUAUUUCAAACAUACGAUCUUGGACUCUGAUACCUCUGUGAGUGAUGCACCAGCAAACGGAUGUAUAACAGUGAACCUCCACCACCAGAUGAUCCAUGGCUCAGUCCCGCUGUAUGUUGCAAAGGCUCUGUUGUACCAACAGCUCUAUUCCUCUCAGUUUUAAAUGUCUUUCUUUUGUAACUCUCUCUUAUAGGUUGUUGUCCUUUUAGUGUUGUUUUGCUUCAGUUUGAAGUGUAUCUUUGACUAAUACUUGCAAUAAAAUGCUUUGCUUUAC